UGUCACCAUGAGGCCAUUUCCAUUCAUCCAGCGCAUAGACUCCUGUCACUCACGUCUCGUGCCCAACAGCAUCACUUAUCUCUUUCAGCUUGCUUCUUUCUCCCUGGUGGUCGCAUCAAUCAUUCCUUCAAGCGUUCUCAUCGAUCCCCACGGAGUACCCCUACAAUAAUUAGACUUUGGACUCCAUCAUCCCCACCAGACCUUGUGACUAUCCUUCAAGCCUACCAUACUUGACUGCCUUGCGUUGCCAACAUCGGAGCAAGACCUCCACCUCUGGGUAAUCUCAGGACUUUGGCUGUACGCGACAGGAGACAAUAAAGAGAGUUGAGCAGACAAAGAACCCCCUGUCACACUGCUGCCGUCCUCCAUCCUCUGCGCCUGCGAGAUAUCACAACUCUAUCUCGUGCUCCCCGUAGCACCACCCGCCCGUCCAUCUGCGGGUUGGGGAUUAUGGCGUUCCAACAAUCCGCCGCUCCUCGUCCCAUUGUCGUCAAUACAACCCAGUCGCACGAAUCGUCAUCCUACCAUGCACAACCACGAGCGACAGUAGAAGAUUCGCAAGAAUGGAUCCUCUUCACUCCCUCCAAUGCCGACUCCACCAUAACUCGAACACAUACAACGCAGACAGCCGGUCUUUCAAGGACCAGCGAUGUAUCACUAAACACAGCAGGAAGAUUGGAGUCAUCUGUGUUUGACGAAGAAGUUACCGAAGAUGGCGAGCUCGACAGCCUUGACGACGGACUACACGCGUUCAGAGAACCCCCCCUAUAUCCCACCGUCUCUCAGCAGACACAAGGUGCAGUUCUGCCGACUCAUGAUGGACUGGGGACCUUUCCUGCUUCAAGCCCACCCGUUUUGGAACAGUUAUGGCAGCAUGAAGCAUAUAAUCCAAAGAGGAAGCACGAUGGCCAGCAUCGACGACCUUCUAGUGUACAGAGGAGACUUGACACAAUUGAUGAGGUUGAACUACAAGCAAGCGAAGAGAAGAGAAUGCGGAUCGAAAGAUGGCGCAUGGAACAAAGCGAAGCAUUGAUGGAGGAGGUCGAACGAGAGACCCGGAGACGGCUGCGAAGAGGUUCGCGUCAAUCGAGUUAUCAAGAGACCCUAGCCUCAAUCAAUGAAGACGUGCUUGGGUCAACACCAAAGCAAAGCGACUACCUUUCCAAGCCUGAAGAGGAUGUGGAAGAGCCAGAGCCGUUCUGGAGACGCAUUACCAGGAAGUUCAUCCGCGAUGUCAUCGGCAUUGACGAGCCACUCCUCUCAGUCAUUUUCGGAGAGUCUCUCCCUGAAGAAGUCGAUAACAUGCCAUCUUCAAGUGGCACCCUGCCGACCAUCCCUGAACAGAUGCCAUAUGUCCCGAGCGCAGACGACUACACCUGGAGAGACAGACUAUUACACCGGAUCGCACGGGAGCUUGGGGUAUUCGUGCAUCAGAUAUCGCCACAUCCCGGGGCCUUUACUACCUAUUCCCGCAGCCCUGAUUAUGCUGGUAUGCCAGUAACCAUGCCUCAGCCGAGAACUCGAGAAUCGGCCGUCUCGCCCACUCCCGUGGCUCAGAUCAAGUCCACAUUAACGUCGACUUUGAGUCCGAAUUUUCCACCGACCUUACAAGAUCCUGCUCAUGCUGAGAGUUGGGGUUUCGAAGAAGAUCCUGCCUCCACCUCUUCAGCACUGGACUCGUCCAUGAGUCUUCGGCGCGAACGAGAGUACUGGGAGCGAGAACUGGACCUGAAGAUGGUUUUCAGAUAUCUGAGGGACAAAUUUGUCACUCGGCCAGCUGCCCAAUUACCACAAGCUUCUCAACAAGGAGUGGACGACGCUGCGACACGUGCUGCCAUCAUACGCCAACAUCACCCUCUUGUCGCCCGAGCUCAUCGAUCUCCUGUGCGGCAACGACGGGAAUCACGAGUAAGUGUUCGACGGCCAGGCAGCAGCUGCGCGAGCGAAAGUGUCCGAAGUAGCAGGAGAGCUUCUGUGGUCAGAAGCGGCUCUAGCCGGAACUAUUGGGAUCUCGGGGGCAGCGUGGGCAGCGGAAGUAUUCUGGCGAGUGGUGGCGCCUGGGGGGAGGUUUAAACAUUUCUAUUGCAUUGACUGGGUUAUAAGCAUGGGGCUUCUACGGCGUUUUGUGCCACCAUCCUGGCAGGGAUAUGGCUUGUAUGAAUAUGUGCUGACGACUUGCAUUGGGUUUCUACUAUGGGUUUAUGACGAUAACUAGACAUGAUGGAUCAGAAGGGCGGCAUAGAGUCUGGGACUCGUAUAUGAACAAUGGAUCAUCUGCUCUGCAUGAUAACAACAGUUGGCCACUG